AUGGGCAAAAACGGCCCCGCCCGCCACCUAAACCACCUCUACCCCCACCCGGUGCCGGUGGAGGUGUACCUUCUCCCCGAGGUGUACCCCCACAACCCGGUGCUGUGGCUUUAUUUCGCGUAUAAGCUAGCAUCUUACCUCUGUCAUUCUCCCACUCCUAGUCCCGUGGACGUCACCGCUGACGGUUCAGUGUUCAAAGUGACGUCAGAGCCGGCGAUGCUCCGCUUGUGGCGUCUGGGCUUCUACGGUAAAGGGGUGCUCCUGCGGCUGGAACCCACCUGGCGCCAACGUCAUCAGCAGCAGCAAGAAGCUCUGACGUCGACACUGACGCUGUCACCGGCACUUGAAGCGGUGACGGUAGCUAGACGCCAGGAGCGUCAGCAGUUUAAACAGCUUCGGGCUCAGCUCCAGCAAUUGGAAAUCAGACACCGUAAACAUGAGCUCAACGAGGAGGAGGUUAAGGAGCUCGAAAAGCUUAGAGUGACCGUCGAAGACCUCCGCAAAGGCAAUACUCCGACGAAAGGGACUUCCAGGGAGACUACCAAAGACCCUAAGGAGACUACAGAGACCACCAGAGAUAAUACUAAUGACAAUACCAAUGUCGCUGCUGGCAGCGUUACUCGUGUUGUCACUGACACCUCUGAAAACGCUGCUAUUGCUGAUCUUGAGUACCUCCAAUUACUGGCGGUGGAAACCCUUUGGCUCCUCCAUUUAGGCUCUAUUCGGGUCCAUUCUAACCUUACUGCUAGUGCCAUUAGUCGCCAGCUUGGGCCUGCGGGUCGUAUCGAAUACGCUGCCUACCAUUACUUCCGCAGUCUCGGAUGGUGUGUACGUGAUGGCCUCAAAUUUGGUGCUGAAUUCUUACUCUAUAAAAGAGGUCCUGUAUUUGGCCACGCUGAGUUCGCGAUUAAAGUGGUUAGUCGCCACCACCAGCCACAAUGGACAGAAAUGGCCACAGUGGCUAGAGUGAUUGGUACUGUGAAUAAGACUCUAGUGGUGUGCUACGUCACUGCUCCUGACACCGACGAGGCAGAGGAAAUUGAUGACGUGGCGCAAUGGGUGAGCCAGUACCGCGUGGCACCAGUGAUGUACCGCCGGUGGAACCCCAGCCGUACCCGUGAUUGA